CGUGUUAAUUAUUGGUGUUGGUUUGAAAGAUAGAAAAAUAAAAUAUACAAAGAAAGAAAGGGCUAUAAAUAGGGAGAGAUAGAAGUAGAACAAAUUAUAUAGUGAAAUUUCAUUUCUUUGGGAUUCCAAAUUUUUCCAAAACCUGAAAUUUGAAACCAUCAAGCCACUCAGCCAGAUGGGAAGAGGAAAGAUAGAGAUAAAAAGGAUUGAGAAUACAACAAAUAGGCAAGUGACAUUCUGCAAGAGAAGAAAUGGUUUGUUGAAGAAAGCUUAUGAGUUAUCAGUUUUGUGUGAUGCUGAAGUUGCUCUAAUUGUCUUCUCCAGCCGUGGAAGACUUUAUGAAUAUUCAAACAACAACAUAAGAUCAACAAUUGAUAGGUACAAAAAGGCAUGUUCUGAUCAUUCGAGUACCACCACUACUACUGAGAUUAAUGCUCAGUAUUAUCAGCAAGAAUCUGCAAAGCUGCGACAACAAAUACAGAUGCUGCAAAACUCUAACAGGCACUUGAUGGGUGAUGCUUUAAGCACAUUGACUGUGAAAGAACUUAAGCAGCUGGAGAACAGACUUGAAAGAGGAAUCACUAGAAUUAGAUCUAAGAAACAUGAGAUGCUGCUGGCAGAAAUUGAAUACUUUCAGAAAAGGGAAAUUGAGCUGGAAAAUGAAAAUCUUUGUCUUCGGACCAAGAUAAAUGAUGUUGAGAGGCUUCCUCAAGUAAACAUGGUUUCUGGACAAGAGCUGAAUGCAAUCCAGGCAUUAGCAUCUCGUAAUUUCUUUGAUCCAAACAUGAUCGAAGCUGAAACUUCCUACCAUCAAUCAGAUAAGAAGAUUCUUCAUCUUGGGUGAUCAAUUAAUAAGUAAUAGCAUCCACUAUAUGACCAUCUAUCCUAUAUUAGUUAUUGGCUAAACGUAUUACUUAAUUACUGGUACUAUUUUCUAUUUAUGCUCAUCAAUUAGCCCAAGUGACUAGUUACGUCCUUAACUUUUCUCAAAUUUAUAUUAAGGAUUUUUUCUUUUGCGAGGACAUACUAUGGAUUUUAUGUAUGUGGUGGUGAUUGUGUUUAUAAUUUAUGAUAAAUAAUGUUUUAAACAAAAAUUGUUAUGGAUAUGUAUGACUAUUGAUGAUGAGCUAAUAUUAUGGUAUUGUGGAUCUAAA